GCUCGUCGAACACGAGUCCGGCAGACAUAGUCCCAAACUCACGAGGUCCUACAAUUCGAGUUCAUUCAUCGAGCCUAUACGUACAUGUUGGAGAAAAUCAGUGCAUCGAACACCAUGGUCAGAGACGGAGAUACGACCUUACAUCUAGUCAUUCGACAGCAUAAAACCCACGUGGCUAGGCAACUGGUAAGCCUAGGGCUCGAUGUUCGCGCCAAGAACCGCAGGGGUGAGACUCCGCUGCAACUGGCCGUCGUGAACAAGAGCCAUGUCGACCCGCUGAAGGAUAUGGUACCGAACGGCAAUCGAUUCUACCAGAUUUGCUUCCACGAGGGUAUAGAGUCUCUCCGUAUGGCUCUUGCCUGCAGGGACGAGGACACGGUACUAGAGCUUGCUGCCCAGGGCGAGUCCGGAGGUGUAGAUCACAGUCUCGUGAAGCUGCUGCUGGAUGCCGGAGCAGAGGUCAACAGCAAGGACGCCAAGGGUGUCUCGCCCCUCCAGUGUGCCAUCUACUCGGGUGAUGUCGAGCUGGUGAAAACCCUCCUCGAGGCUGGUGCCGAUGUGAACAGCCAGAACGGCAUAGGCGCAACGGCGUUGCACGACGCCGUCGUCUGCUGCAACGAGCAAGUGGUUCACCUGCUGCUGAGCCGCGGCGCAGACGUCGCCGCCAAGAUUCUGCAGACGAAAGAGACGGCACUGCACUGGGCCUCGGUGAUCAACCGGAACAACAGCCACGGGCUCAUUAUAAGACACCUCCUGGAAUUCGGAGGCGACUUGAACGAGAAGAGCAACGCAGCGAUCGCGUUCAAUCGAACACCCUUCGUUUACAUCCUGAUGCACGGCGACAUCGACUUGGUGAACCUCUGCAUCGAGGAGCACAAAGCGGACCUCGACAAGCUGACAAUGGACGGGAGCAGUCCUCUGGCAUUCGCGCUGUACAAUGAAAAUCGGGACGUCAGGGACAUGGUCCUGAUGGAAAGUAAUGCAAAGCGCGUAGGCGGCGCGCUGCAUUAUGCCAGUAAGUUUCACAGACCCGAAUACGUUCGAGAGCUAAUCGCCAGGGGUGGCGACGUUAACGCCAAGAAUAGCUGGCUUCUGACGCCAUUUGUGGCCAGCUUAGUCGAUUCCAGGGAACUGAGGCCUGCAGACCGGCCUAAUUUUGCGGAAGACAUGAGACGGGUAAUAAAACUGCUGCUGGAGGGCGGAGUCGACGUGAACCAGCAAUAUAACAAGAGUCCCAUCCUACGUCUGGCGAUCGAGUCUGAUUCCGCCCAGGUACGGAACGUCGCAGUAAAGCUGAUCAUCGAGCACACGGUCAUGAUAGAGGAGAGGAACAACAGGCGAGUGUUCGACGAUUGGACCAUGGCGGUGAUCAACGGAGACGUGGACGCCAAGACUCGCUACGAGAAUUGUCAAGUCGAACUAUCGGCCAUGAGGAAGAGCAAGAUCAAGGGGACGACUAUCACGUACUUUUUCAUACUGGUGGAGUCGCCGGAAGUGGUAGCCUGGUACACGAAAAACGAGGAAUUCAGCAAGGCCCUCGAAGCUAGCGAUUAUCAAAACGCUUAUCCUAUUUAUGCUUGCUGGUUGAGGGAGAAGCUCAACUCGGACAAUCCUGCAUCUCGUGUGUCGGCGAUACAAGAGCCGACAGAACCAGUGUCUACUACUGCUACUACUACUACCAAUACUACAUUGGUUGACAAGGCUCAACAAUGUAUUGUCUCUUAAAAUUGAAUAAAUUAAAUUAAAUUAACAAGUGAAAA